AUGGUUUGUGUUGAACCCGGGUGCAAAUCCAUUGCCCCAGAGUUGUGUUCCCGGGAUGACUCGGGCGACGACGAGGAGGAAUCCGCCCCGCAGUCUGACAAGAGCGAAGUGCACGGCACCCUGAAAUACCUCUCCGGGAAACUGGACGACCUCAGCGCUUUCAACGACUUGAUCUCCAAGCACGGGGCGGCUCUCCAGAGAUCCCUGAGUGAGCUGGAGAAUCUCAAGUUGCCAGCCGAGAGCGGGGAAAAGAUCAAAGCCGUCAACGAACGCGCCACCCUCUUCAGGAUCACCUCCAAUGCUAUGAUAAAUGCCUGCCGGGACUUUCUGGAUCUUGCAGAGGCCCACAGCAGGAAAUGGCAGCGGGCUCUCCAGCAUGAAUGUGAGCAGCGCAUCCGCCUGGAGGAGACCAUUGAGCAGCUGGCUAAGCAGCACAACAACUUAGAACGGGCUUGUCGGGGCGCGCCCAGCCUCUCCGCGAACCCUGCCGGUCACGCAUCCCGAGCAGGCAGCGUGCAGAGUGGAAAAUCAGAGCCCAGUGAUGAAGAUGAGGAGACGGAGUACUUUGAUGCUAUGGAAGACGCUCAUGCUGUCAUCACAGUAGCUGCAGAGCCUUCAAAACUUCACCGGCGCACCAGCGUCAACAUUAGUGUGCCCAGUGAGAGCUGUUCGGAGGAGUGGAACCUGGGCGGCAGCGUGUUGGACGCUUCCCCUCUCACUGCCUUUGGUACUUCGAGCAAGUCUGGAGGUGUCAACAAGAAGAGGCGUACGGCGAUUCCGGACAAGCCCAACUACAGCCUUAAUCUCUGGAGUAUCAUGAAGAAUUGCAUCGGGAAGGAACUUUCCAAGAUCCCCAUGCCGGUCAACUUCAACGAACCCCUCUCGAUGCUGCAGAGGCUGACGGAGGAUCUGGAGUACCACGAGCUGCUGGACAGAGCGGUCAAGUGCGAGAACGCCAUCGAGCAGAUGUGCUUCGUGGCCGCCUUCUCGGUGUCUUCCUACUCAACCACGGUCCAGCGGACCGCCAAGCCCUUCAACCCGCUCCUGGGCGAGACCUUCGAACUGGACCGCCUGGAAGAACUCGGCUUCCGAUCGCUCUGCGAGCAGGUGAGCCAUCACCCGCCAGCAGCUGCUCAUCACGUAUACUCCCGGCGAGGCUGGACGCUGUGGCAGGAGAUAACCAUCGCCAGCAAGUUCCGUGGCAAAUACCUUUCCAUCUUGCCCCUGGGCACCAUCCACCUCGAAUUCCACUCCAGCGGCAAUCACUACAUCUGGCAAAAAGUCACGUCCACUGUCCACAAUAUUAUUGUGGGGAAACUCUGGAUUGACCAGUCCGGUGACAUAGAGAUCCUGAACCACAAAUCAAAAGACAAAUGCCACCUGAAAUUCUCUCCCUACAGUUACUUCUCCAGAGACAUCCCACGGAAGGUGACGGGGGUGGUGAUGGACGCCGAUGGCAACGAGCGAUUCGUCAUGUCCGGCACAUGGGACGAGAAGAUGGAGUGCUCCAAGAUCAUUGACUCAAGCAUAGGAAACUCCCUUUCGGAAGGCAAGCUUCCGAAAACGGUCUACCAGACCUUGUCCCCCAAGGUCAUAUGGAAGAAAUACCCCCUCCCGGAAAAUGCCGAAAACAUGUACUACUUCUCCAAAAUGGCGCUGACCCUCAAUGAGCCGGAAGACGGCGUCGCUCCCACGGACACCCGCCUGAGGCCCGACCAAAGGCUGAUGGAGAAUGGCAAAUGGGACGAAGCCAACAUGGAGAAGCAGCGGCUCGAAGAAAAGCAACGGGCCAUACGGCGGCACCGGGAAGUCGAAGCAGUUGACGCCCUGGCAGAAGGGAAGGACUACAGAGGCUACACCCCGCUGUGGUUUGAGCGGAAGGUGGACCCCGUGACAGGAGAGCUGAUGUGCGUGUACAAGGGCGGCUACUGGGAAAGCAAAGAGAACCAGGACUGGAGCCAGUGUCCCAGCAUCUUCUGAGCUGGACUCGUUGGGUGCCGAGUGAAACGCCUCCACAAUCCGUGGCGGGGCGGAAGGGCCAGGUCGCUGACGAAGCGCCCUUUGGGGUAGCCCAGCCCCCCCUCCGCCUCCCCCUCCCCAGCCGCCUGGCGGAGAAUCGCGCAGAGAUUCAA